AUGGGCCGGGGCAGGCCCGGCGGGCUCGGCCGCUGUGUCCUGGUGCUGCUGCUGCUCCUGGGCGGCUCGGGCAGCCCCGGGACUAGGCCACCGCCCCGGGAGCCCUGGGCAGAGGAGCAGGGACCCGUCCCGGAGCGGGGACCGUGGGGCAGGGUGAGGUACGAAGCCGUGAAGAAGCAUUUGGGAGCUGUGGGCGCUCUCUCCAGGCAGUACUGGCGGUACCUGGCGUGCAAGGUGUGGCAGGAGGGCUGCGAGGAGGAGGACGAGGAGGAGGAGAAGCAGCGAGAACGAGAGGCCGGCCCCAUCCCAGGCUGGGGCUUCCCUCUGGUGGGCCAGGAUUACCUGGAGAUCCUCUCUGCCUGGUACUGCAGCUUCGGCAAGUGCUGUGAGACAGGAGACUGCAGGAUAACCAACAACAUCACAGGGUUGGAGGCAGACCUCAGUGGGCAGCUCCACGGGCAGCACUUGGCCAAGGACGUGGUGGUGCGGGCAGUGCGGGGGUUCCUGCAGAGCCCACGGCCCCAGAAGGCUCUGGUCCUGUCCUUCCAUGGCUGGUCUGGCACAGGGAAGAACUUUGUGGCUCGGAUGAUGGCCAGUCACCUGUACCGGGACGGGCUGAAGAGUGACUGUGUCAGGGUGUUCGUCUCCCUCCUCCACUUCCCACAUCACAACUACGUGGACUCCUACAAGGUCCAGCUGCAGAGGCAGAUCAGCGAGACCGUGCAGCGCUGUGGGCAGGCCCUGCUCAUCUUCGACGAGGCCGAGAAGCUCCAUUCCAGCCUCCUGGAUGCCAUCAAACCCUUCAUGGCUCAACACGACAGCCAGGGCCAGGCAGAUCCACAGAGAUCCAUCUUCCUCUUCCUCAGUAAUCUUGGUGGCAACACCAUCAAUGAGGUCGCCCUGGACUUCUGGCGAGCCGGCCGGGCACGGGAGGAGAUCUCCUUGGAGCUGCUGGAGCAGCGGCUGCGGCUGGAGCUGCAGGAGGCUGCAGAGAACAGUUAUGCCCACAGCCACCUCCUCAGAGAGAACCUCAUCGAUUUCGUGGUGCCGUUCCUGCCUCUGGAGUAUCAGCAUGUGAAGCUCUGUGCACGGGACGCCUUCCUGGCCCGCGGGUUUCCCUACACCGAGGCAACACUGGAUGAGGUGGCCCAGAUGAUGGUUUUUGUCCCCAAAGAGGAGAAGCUUUUCUCUGCACAGGGCUGCAAAUCCGUGCCCCAGCGCAUCAAUUACUUCCUUCCUUGAACACCAGGUGGGAGCACUGGUGUUUCUGCACUCUGGGAGCUGCUCUCUUUGCACAGGGUCAGAAGCAAAUGGCCCAGCCAGGCACUGCACAGGGACUUAACAGAGACUUAAACCCCCCAUUACUCCCAGGGCUGUUGCAGUGAAGGAGGUGCAUCCCUUACUCCUGGGAUGUGGGGACAGCCUGUGCUCAGCUGCAUUUGGAGUCUAUCUGGUGUUUUAAAUCCCUUCUUUUAGCUGGCAGUAGCCUGAAGGGGUGGUGGGGUUCUGCUGGCAGAUGCUGUGAGUGGGGACUGGGAAUGUCCAAGUCCUUGGUUUGUUGCUGUGUGGUGGAGGGAGGCCUUGGACAGGCUGGUCCUGUUGAGACAGUGUGGCCAAAGCCACGUCCCUGUCCCCAGUUUUCUCUGUCACUUUACAAGAACACCCAGAACUGUUUUGCUGGAGUUGAGUUUUUCCCCUCUAUUGAUCUCACGCCUUUCUAAGGUGUCUGGUGCUCAGGGACACGUGGGCCAGGAUCAUAGUCUGUGCAGGGAGAAAAGGACUGAAAAAUCUCCUCUGGAGAUGCCAGAUCCAAGCUCUCACCUUGGAGUGUCCACCUCUCACUGGAGUCUUCCGUUGUAUGGAAGCAGCUGCCGGGGUGAGGGGAUCUUCUGCUGCAAUUAUUUUUCUGAGUGGGUUGGUGAAGAGCCCAUUUCCUUCACUGCAAAACCAAAAAGGGGAGAGAACUCCUCUGCCAAAGGCCAAGUGCAGGUGAGGAGGGUGGUGGCUGAAGCAUCAGGCUGCAGUUGAAUGUGAAUUUUCAUGGAUGCAGUGAAAGCUUGACUUUUUUCCUUCCUUUUUACGUUUUUCUCUUCAGUACAUUUCAUGGUGUGUUUUUUUUAGCUGCUAUCAGCAUUAUUAUUAAUAUUAUUAUUAUUACUACAAGGGGCUGUUUGCUGUCUGGAUACUCACCAGGUGAUAAACGUGUUGCAGCAGCUCCCAAAAAAUUUCAUCAGUGUUACUGGAAUCACUCUCUGACCUCUGGGUCAAAACUCCCUUCCAACAGGGCUGUGCUGGCGAGGAGUGAAACAGCACCUGCCAAGGACAGGGCUUGGCUUCCCAGCCACCCCCAUGGGGGGACCUUUGGUCUAUUUUAAGCUUUGACCCAUUUUGUGGUGCCAGUGAUGAGCAGCACGACCUCUGGGAAAGAUUGACCAGACAGACACGUCCGAGCCCUGCAGACUUUGAGUCCUGCUUCCCUCCGGGCACGCUGGCUCCGUUACCUAACAGGCUUCAUAGUCCAAGGCAGAGAUGAGCCAGCUGUUUUCCCACUGCUCACAGUGCAGCUGUGUGGAAUGGAUCUUCAGGCUGUGCCAGCGUGUGUGAUCAGGCAUUUCUGAGACUUGGUUUAUGGUUAAUCUCAGGUGUCAUAAACCUGGGAAACAUCAGGGCAGGGGCAGGGAGGCUGCUGCCUCACAGGACACAACUGGGGUUGUGUUUGGUCACCUGGGCAGAAAGUUUAGCAAGCUGUUGGCUGAAGGUUAGUUGCCAAAAGGUUGUGUCAGCCAGGAUAACCUGGGACUUUUAAUAAAUGUCAAGAAGUGUUCAGCUGGGUUAGGCUGCCACAGGCUGGGGUGGCAGGAGGGCGGUGGGGACUGUUUGAGGCAGGCACGGAGCAGCUCUGAGGGAGGUGGUGACAUUGAGGAGGGCGAGGCAAGAGCUGUGCUUUGCUGGGUCACAAAUGUGUGUGUCACACUUGGGUGAGCUCUGAUCAGCAAGAGGUGCUCUCUGACCAGGCCAGGGCAACGGUUUGGUUCUAAACAGAUACUGCAUAAAUAAAGAUACUGCUUUUUUUUGCAACCUGCUGGAAUUAAAUUAUCUUUUUAAUGAUUUCUUCUACCCAAAUGAAUGA